ACCCACAGCCCAGAUAGGCUCAUUCUGUGUCACUUCACUGAGGGACUCACACAGCAACGGCUGCAUAGGACAAAUAGUUCACAUCAAACUUUUAUCAGAGAGGAGGGCUAAGAUUUUUUUUCCCUCCAAAAAUGAUACAUGUCAGAGGGUUUGGGGAUGAGAAAUCCCAGCUACAUGAAUUGAACAACCGAUUGGGUCAGUACCUCUCCAGGGUUAGACAGCUGGAGGAAGAGAACCAGUUGCUGGUGGAAGAGAUACACAGACUUCGCCUGGAAAGGGGGGUAGAGUGGGCACAAGGGUACCAUGCUGAAAUAUGCCAGCUGAGGACAAAAGUGGAGCAGCUGACUGUGGAGAAGUGUGAGGCAGAAAUUCAGAAAGAAAAUCUGUGGCAGGAGCUGCAGACCCUCCAGGAGCUAUGGGAACAAGUGAGGGCCAUGAGAAUUGGCAUUGACAAGCAAUUGGCACUUUACAAGCAGGAUCUGCAGCAGGCAAGAAAUAGCCAGGCUGCCCUGGAAGAACUUUAUAUCCGUCUCCAGCAGGAAUGCCAGGUGCUCCAAGGCUCAAACUACCAGGAGCUCCUGGAGCUGAGGGAACAGGCACUGAAGGUCCCACUGCAUAUUGCUAUGCAUGAAAAAGGGAGCCCCAGACUCAGCUUGCAGGAUAUACAAAGUAUCUCUCUGGAGCUCUCGCAGUCCUGGAAAGAUUCAUUUCUGCUCUAUCAGAAGAAGAUUGAGGAAAUGGAGAAUAAUCUGAGGCUGGGUGAGGAGGAAAGGCUGGGGGUGGAAGAGGAGACCAGGGUCUACAGCCUUCAGGUGGUGGAGUUGCGCAGAGAGUAUGAGGAGCUGAUGGGGAUCCAAAAGAUGUUGCAAGAAGAGCUGCUGAGGAUGAAGGAGAAGUACAGACUAGAUGUACAAGAAUAUCAGAUCAUAAUAGAAGAGUUAGAGGUUGAGAGAAAUGAUAUAACUAUAACCAUUACUGAACGCCUUAAAGAGUAUCAUGAACUGAUGCAAGUCAAGACUGGACUCAGCCUGGAAGUGGCAGCUUACAGGGCUCUUCUAGAAGGAGAAAGCCAAAAGGGCACAGUAAUAUGGACAGAUCGCACAGUGAAAGAAAGACCUACAGGUCGUGUAAUUUCAAGUUUUCAACAGUCAUCAAGAUAUUCUGGGGUCAAGAGGGAAGCUGAGAGAAGGGACUUUCCAGGAUUCAGAAGCCAAGAAGCAGUGGCAAAAAGAACUUCAGAUAUCCACAGAUUCCAGUCAAGAACAGUGCCAGAAAUACACAUUAGACCAUUGUCUACAGACUUAGGAAGGCUAAAUAGCUCAAAUGUGUCUCAUGUUCGUGAGAUGUCUACACAAAAAAAGGAUGAUAGGUUUGGCACAAGCUUCCUCCAAAAACAUGAUUUACUGAAAAACAGACACCUUCGCCAAAAUGUGAAUGAAACAGUGUCUCGUAUUGUGUCACAACCAUAUUCAUCAAGACUUUCUACACCAUACACUCACAAGGCAAAACAAGAACAGGUGAGUAAUACAAAAUCAAGUGUCAUCAUUAAGUCACAGCCUGAUGUGGUCAGUAACGCUCAAAGAGAAACCAGGGUAGAUGAUAAAAUAAAGGAAACAAAUGUGACAAAGCACUUUGAAUCUAAGGUAGUGGAGGAAAUGAAUGUGAUAACUAAGGGCACUGAGGAUCAGACGCAUGAUUUGGAACACAGAAAAAGUAGCCUAAAUGAGGAGGAAAUUAGAAAAGAAGAUACAGUAAGUGUAACACAGAGAGAAGAGGAAAAUACAAUAACAGAACCUAAAGUACAGGAACUACCAGUCAAAAAGGAAAGGAAGAAAAGAGAACAAGCUAAGAAGAAGAGAGAGGAACUGGAGAAAGUAGAAUCAAGUGAAAUAACUUUUAUGACAAGAGACAAGUUUACAGAAAAUGAGUCAGCCAAGUCUAUUACACUUGGAGAAAAGCCAGGAGAAGAGCAAGUGUUUACAAACAUACCAAUACAAUUUGAAAUAAGCAAGAAUGAGGAUAGUUCACAGAAAAUUCAUGUAGAAAAUGUCAGGGAGAUUCAAAUAACCAGAAGUUCAAAACAAACCAAUGAACAAAAUACUUUUCUAAAAGAUGUAGAAGCACGUACACAAAAUAAAGAAAUAGAAGGUAGCAAAAGCAAACCGACUAAAGAAACGGAGGUGGUAAUAACCUCAUCUGAACACUUUGGCCAACCAUCUGCAUGGGAUGAUAGUGAGGCUUCUGUAAAGAAGAAAUUAUUUGCCAGUGAUGGAUCUGUCAAAACUGACAUUACUGUGCAGUCUGAGAUGGAGAAAAAAUAUGACUUUUUUGAUGAACAUGACAUUGUAGAAGCACGGAACAAUAGAGCACAUGUUAAAUCUGAGGAAAGUCUAGUUAGAAACUUAGAAGAAAUGUAUACUGAUGAAAAAAUGAGUUUUCUAGGAAAUGAAGAAGGCCAUUCACAAAAUAAAGGAGUAAACACCUCCACUACCAAGGAAUCAGAGGUAUUCAUAACUUCAUCUCAGAACUUGAGAGAAAAAGAAAUGGUAACAGAUAUUCUUAAACACUUUGGUCAACCAUCUGCAUUGGAUGAUCCCAGCGUGACCUUUAUAGAAAGAAAACAAGUGGGCAGUGAUGGAUCAGUAAAAACUGAGUUUACUGUACAGUCAAAGACAGAGGAGGAUGUGGACCUUUUCGAUGAACCUGAUCUUGUUGAUCUAUGGAACAGAAAAACAUACGAAGAAGUCCAACACACUGAGACAGGAGAUAAAAAAGGCUUAGUAUACAACCAACAGCAAGGAGAGUUUACAAAAACAAUAUUUGGAGAAACAAAAGGUGCAGAAGCAAAAGAUUGGAUAGAAGAUAUAAUUCACACCGGUCUAAAAGGGAAACCAGGAUUGUCUGUUAAGGUUGAAAUAAUUGAGGAGUCCAUUGGAACAUUUGGAAGAACUGAAUUUUCCACCCCAUUUCAUGUUGAGGAAGCAGAGGAUAGUUAUCAUGAAAAACACGUGGUAAGUGCUGAUGAAGAACUUAAUUUAUCCACCAAAAAACAAGAAGACAAAGAACAACCCAUUGAAGGGCCCACCAAUGUUCAGGAAGUAGCAGAGGGGGAAGAUAUAGAUGAAGAGACAAAUUAUUUUGUUUCAAUUCCAGAUGACAUUCCCAUUUUAGAAGACGAAGAUGAGGAGACAAUAAAAGGGCAAAUUCACAUAGAGGAGGAAUCCCAAGUUAAAUAUUCCUGGCAAGAUGAAUUCUUGCAAAGUUCACAGGGUCGGAAAAUGUUAAGUGAGUUUGUAAAAUAUGCUAGCAGUAAUGAACCAGACACAACUCAUCAUGAGGGUUUAGAAACACAAAUUCCAAAAGAAACAGAGUCACAUUUUGAGACUGUCGUGAUAGAAAAAGAAAUUAAAAUCCCUCAUGAAUUCCAGUCAUCAAUCAUGGAUCUGUUGUCUAAAGAAAACAAAGACCCUCAGCAACAGUUGAAAGGUGCAUUGGACUGUCUCCAGGGCAGUCUUCCACAAGACCUAGCUGUGGAAUUGGCAACCUUGGCUGAUGCAGAUAAAACUCAAGCCAGCAGUUUAGCAGUGGAUAUCAAAAAAGUUGACCAAACUAGAGAAAGUGGUUUGGUUACGAUUGUAGCAGAAAUAAAUGUGUCACAGACAGUGGAUGCCGAUGAUCUUGAAACACUGCAUUUAAUUGAGAAGGCUAAGGGUGGAGAUGCACCAACACCAUACUCUGCUAUGGAAACCUCUGAAGAGAAAGCAAUAUUUCUAGACAAAACAGAAGGUCAUAAAUGGUCAUUUAACACCGAAUCUGGAAUAAAUAAUGAAUCUUAUAGUUCAAUUACAAUGAGAACAAAUAAAGGUGCUGAGUCCUACAGUCGAUAUCAGGACACUAAAAGUCCAGAAGGAGACAUAUCUCGAUCACAAGUCAUCACUGAUAAGAGCAGACUCAUAAAACAUAUACCAGUGGGUGACCAAGAUGAUGGUUUCUCACAAGGGGGACAGAUAACUGACUCAGAAAAGCAAAGUUUAGUUGAAGAGCAAUCUGUGGAAAUGAAUAGAUCAACUCACCAUAUUAAAUUAGGACCUAGGGAAAUAUACUCUAAAGAACAGAUAAUCUUUGAAGGUUCAAUCCCUCAAACCCUCAAACUGGAUAUAGAAAACAAUACAGAAAAUUCCUCAGAUCAAAACCGGUCAAUACGUCAUAUCACAAUAAGUCCUACAGAAUUGCAUCCUACAGAGCAUAUUAUAUUUCAGGGGCCCAUCUUCAAAUCAGAGGCAGUUGGCAGUGAUACUGUCAGAAAUGAACAGUAUAGAGACAAGGUCAAUCCAAGUACAAAAGAUAUCAGUUUACACUUUGAGGGACAACAGAGAGGCGCAAAAGUGAAUUGGGACCAAAAUAUUAUUCAAUCAGAAGGUGCAACAGGUACAAAUAAUACAGUUACUCAUUUUAAAACGAAUUCAGGUGAAGCACAUAUGACACGAGAAAUCAUUUUUGAGGGUUCAAUCCCUAACAUUCUAACACAUAUCAAAACUGAUGGCCAAGAAGCUAGUACACCAGAAGACAAUAACAUGCCUGUUGAACACAGUCUUGGUACUCAGAAGAUUCACACUGCAAAACAAAUAAAAUAUCAAGGCUUCAUUUCUGAACCUAAAAAAAUGGGAGAUCCAGAGGGCUUUGCUGCAGUAGAAGGCCAGUCAAACGUCAAUACGUCUGUCCAUCACAUCAAAUUAAGCCCAAACAAAGAACAGCAAAUUAUAUUUGAAGGCCCUCAUUCUAUAAAUUUAGCCUUUGAUGGUGGAAAGGAUAGCUCCUAUUCGAAAGACUCAAACAGGUCUAUUGCACAUAUCCAUCUGGGUGGCAAGGAAAUGCCAUCUUCUGAACAUGUUGUAUUUGAAGGACCAAUUACAGAAUCGUAUGAAUCAUCAGACUUCCUUGUUUCAUCCCCCUCUGGGGAUUCCACGGAGAGUGAGAGAUCAAUUAAACAUAUUAAACUUGGUCCAACAGAAAAAUCAUUUACUUUUCAGAUGGACAUUACCAAAGUUUCUACAAAAUAUGAAGAUGAAGGUGCAGUUAAAGAAAGUGAAACAAUGUUUGCUUCCAGCAGUAUUGACAGGCAGCCAAUGAAAAGUGAGUCAUACAGGGGACUGACAGAUGAUCUGGAGGUGGCUGAAAGUGGAUAUGGUGAAGAAGAAAUCGCUGGUAUCUUUCAAUACCCUUAUGAGGUUGAAAUCAAUCCUCAAUCCCAAGGCAUCAUUGAUACCUCCGAAUUUGAUAAAACUGUUCAAGUCCACAGAAUAGUCCAUCAAAGCUCUGGAAUUUCUGACGAGAACAAAGUUGCUGUUGUUUACCUUGAAGAGGAAGAAGAACCGGAUCAAGAUUACUUACGGCGUUCAUUUUAAAAUUAAGUUUACUG